AUGAGCCAGGAGCUCCUAGUGUUUGUUGAUGCCUCGUUAAACUUAAUGCUGAAGAAUUUCAGCAAUCUGAAUAUUCAUAAAUGUUUUAGCAUGGGCUUCCUGAAGAUUGCAGGGUAUGUAAAGCACAGUAAAUGUAGCAGGGAAACUCCUGGCCCUCCCCGGGUCCUCAUCCCAAACGGAGAAAUCCAAGGGCAGCGGAUCAGGGUGAGAGGAGCUGAAAGGGAUGUGGAGGUUUUCCUUGGAAUUCCCUACGCAAAACCCCCUGUUGGAUCUUUGCGGUUUUCCCCUCCGCAGCCGGCAGAACCCUGGACUGGUCUCAGAGAUGCAACCUCUUACCCGCCCAUGUGCCUGCAGGAUCCGCUGGUGGGACAAGCUCUCUCGGAUGCCUUGGCUAACACAGAGCGAAGGAUCUCCUUGCGCAUCAGGGAAGACUGUUUGUACCUGAACAUCUAUGUGCCCGUCCAGGCUGAUAAGGCAGAGCAGUUAACGGUGAUGGUCUGGAUCCAUGGUGGAGGACUACUGCUGGGUGCAGGGUCCACAUACGAUGGGUCUGUUUUGUCUGCUUAUGAAAAUGUAGUGGUGGUGGUGAUCCAAUACCGCUUGGGCAUUCUCGGGUUUUACAGCACUGGAGAUGAGCAUGCUCGAGGGAACUGGGGCCUGCUGGAUCAAGUGGCAGCUCUGCAGUGGAUCCAGGAGAACAUUGCAAACUUUGGGGGUAAUCCAGGAUCAGUUACCGUAUUUGGGAAUUCAGCAGGUGGAUUCAGCUCUUCUGCCCAUGUGUUAUCCCCUCUGUCCAAAGGUUUGUUCCACAAAGCGAUUUCGGAAAGUGGUGUUGCCAUAACUAACUUGCUGCUCAAUGCCCAUCCAGAAAAGCUGGCUAAGAAAAUUGCUGAAUCGAUUAGCUGCCCUACAUCCAGUUCCGCUGAGAUGGUUCGUUGCCUCAGGGGGAAAACAGAGAGUGAAAUCUUAUUGGCUACUCUGAAGAUGGAUUUUACCCGGCUGCUUCUGGGUGGAGAAGAACAGCAUGUUGUCUUGUUCCCGGCAGUUGUUGAUGGUCAUUUUUUUCCGAAGAGUCCCAGGAAGCUCUUAGCAGAAAAAAACUUCCAUAAUGUUCCAUGCAUCAUUGGGGUCAAUAAAGAUGAAUUUGGGUGGAUUAUUCCUCAGCUUCUCCAGUUUCCAGACUUCAUGAAGGGACUUGACAAGGACACUGUGAACCUUCUGCUACGCAGCACAGAGCAACUCACAGGAGUUGCUGCUCAGGAUCUUCCUCUGGUUGCCGAUGAAUAUCUCCAGGAUCUCCAGGACCCGCUGCAGCUCAGAGAUCAACUCCUGGCUUUACUGAGUGAUGCCGUGUUCACCGCUCCAGGCAUUCUGACUGCCAGGCACCACUGAGAUGCUGGCUAUCCGACCUAUGUUUAUGAAUUGCAGCAUCACUCGAGGGCACACGGCAGCCUUAGGCCAGACUUUUCUAAAGUGGAUCAUGGGGAUGAAAUAGCCUUUGUCUUUGGAAAGCCCUUCUUCACAGACAAUGCAACAGAAGAAGAUACAGUGCUCAGCAGAGCGGUUAUGAAAUACUGGGCUAAUUUUGCUCGCAGUGGGAACCCUAACGGAGCUGGCUUGGUGACCUGGCCCAGGUAUGACUUGAGUGAGCCGUAUCUGGAAAUAGGCAUAAAGCAAAAGGUGGCAAGAAAACUGAAAGAGAAAGCUGUCGGCUUCUGGACCAAGAUCCUGCCCGAAAAGGUGGCCAAAGAGAAAGGACAUGCUGAGCUAUAA